AUGCGGCACUUACUCCGCGCAGCCCCUCGACUGUCGGCGCCUGGAUCCGCGCGAGCCUGCUGGGCGAGUCUACAGAAUGGCAGCCGGCCACGGCACUAUUCGCGAACAUCCAGUCCACCCACGUCCAGCUGGCUGCCUGUGCCAUUUGUGACCGAGACGAUUGGCGGGAUGAGCCACACGACCGACCUGUUCAGCCGGCUCCUCAAAGAACGCAUCGUCGCGGUGUACGGCGAAGUGGACGACCGCAUGGCGGCCACGGUGACGGCAUCCCUUCUGUACCUCGAGGCCGACAGUGACCGGCCGAUCUCCAUGUACAUCAACUCGCCCGGCGGGUCGGUGACGGCGGGCCUGUCGAUCUACGACUGCAUGAACUACAUUGUCCCGGAAGUUUCGACACUGGUGUUGGGCCAGGCGGCGUCGAUGGGCAGUCUGCUACUUGCGGGCGGCGCCCCUGGUAAGAGAUAUUGUCUGCCACAUUCAAGCAUCAUGCUGCAUCAGCCCAGUGGCGGCUAUUUCGGGACGGCGGCAGACAUUGCGAUCCAUGCGAAAGAGAUUCUUCGGAUUCGCACGCAGCUGAACCAAAUCUACGAACGACACCUGACCGGCAAGAAGAAGAUGACUCUUGAAGAGAUCGAGAGGAUGAUGGAGCGCGACUAUUUCCUUAGCGCCCAGGAAGCUUUGGAGUUAGGUGUUGUGGAUGAGAUCCUUGCGAGCAGGAAAAAGGGUCCGGAGAGUGAGGAGGAGAAAUGA